GAAGAGCAGAACAGGUGGCUGCUAUGUGCACCUGCCUUGGGAUUGAACAGGAGAGAGGAUAGAGACGCGCGCACACACACACACACACACACACACACACACACACACACAGGAGAGAGGAUAGAGACGGCCAUGGGGGUGGUGGAGGCGUCAGGACAGAGGAAUGGAGAUAGAGCGUGGCUUUGAUGGAGACACUCCUCGUUGGAUUGACCUUUACUUGGGGAGAGGAAGUUCGACUGCUUGACUGCUCCUGUCAGCUGUUUCCUGUGCUGAGGCUCUCGUCUUACCUGACACAGGGUAGCCUGCGGUACCAGGUGAGGCUCUCGUCUUACCUGACACAGGGCAGCCUGCUGUACCAGGUGAGACAGCAUGCCCCGCUGGUCAGACUGGACUCUAGGAUGACCGUCAGGUAGCGCCCCGAACGGACUCGAGGAUGACCAGUGCCCCCAGGAGCUCGUCUCCAGCGAUGGCGCCGCGGUCUUCAUCCCCCUUGCUCUCGCCCGCCCAGGUCCGCAGGGGGUCCACCUCGUCGUCAGGGAAACAGAUCUCGCCGUCCGCCUCAUCCUAUAGGACGGUUUCCCCUGGACUCAUGACCUCACCCAAGCUGUGGCAGAAGAGAUCCAUCUCCCGCCUGGCGGAGGAGUUCUUCUGGAUCGGUGGCAGCGUCGUCGCUACGCCCAAGUGGAGGCUGGGCCAAUUCGUGGAGAGGUGUAUGUGUUCUAUGCAGGAGGGUUCUCAGAUGCUGAAGCUGAGAGGGAAGUCUAAGACUCUGACGCGCUGCUUCUACCUGGACAAGCACCGCACCUGUGUCCGCUGGAAACCCUCUCGAAAGCGCGAGAAGGCCAAGAUAACCAUUGACUCCAUCCAAGAGGUGUGCGAGGGCAAACAGACGGAGCUCUUCCAGUGCGUCGCCCACGGCCACUUCGACCCAAACUGCUGCUUCAGCGUCUACCACGGCGACCACAUGGACUGCCUGGACCUGGUGGCGUCCAGCGCAGAGGAGGCGCGCACCUGGAUCACCGGCCUCAAGUACCUACUGGCCGGGAUCAGCGACGAGGACAGCCUGGCCAAACGCCAGCGCACCAGGGACCAAUGGCUGUGUCAGACGUUCACAGAGGCUGAUAAAAAUGGCGACGGGAACCUGAGCAUCGGGGAAGUGCUGCAGCUUUUGCACAAACUCAACGUAAACCUGCCCCGGGAGAAGGUCAAGGAGAUGUUCCAGGAGGCAGACACGGAUGAGAAUGAGGGUUCACUGGCGUUCGAGGAGUUCUGCGCUUUCUACAAGAUGAUGUCCACACGGAGAGACCUCUACAUCCUCAUGCUGUCCUACAGCCACCAGAGAGAGUACAUGGACCUGAGGGACCUGCAGAGGUUCCUGGAGGCCGAGCAGAAGAUGACCAACGUGACAAAGGAGCAAUGCCAAGAAAUCAUAACCCUGUUUGAGCCAAACCCUCAGAAUGUAGCCGACAUGGUCCUGGGCAUCGACGGCCUGACCAACUACAUGCGGAGCCCAGCGGGGGACAUCUUCAACCCCGAGCACCACGUGGUGAACCAGGACAUGACCCAGCCCCUGUGCAACUACUUUAUCUCCUCCUCCCACAACACGUACCUGACAGGAGAUCAGUUCCUCUCCCAGUCUCGCGUAGACAUGUACGCCUACGUCCUGCAGACUGGCUGCAGAUGCGUGGAGGUGGACUGCUGGGACGGCCCUGACGGGGACCCUAUCGUCCACCAUGGGUACACACUCACCUCCAAAAUCCUCUUCAAAGACAUCGUGGAGACCAUCAACAAAUAUGCCUUUGUCAAAAGCCAAUAUCCAGUGAUCCUGUCCAUAGAGAACCACUGCACAGUGGCCCAGCAGAAGAAGAUGGCCGAGUACCUGAUGGAGGUUCUGAAGGACAAACUGGACCUGUCCAGCAUCAAUGCCAACGAGACCACCAAGCGCCUGCCGGGCCCGGACAUGCUGAAGGGGAAGAUCCUGGUCAAGGGUAAGAAACUUCCGGCAAACAUCAGCCCAGACGCAGAGGACGGAGACGUGUCGGACGAUUCCAGUGGGGAGGAAGAGGAGGAGGAAGAGGAGGAGCCUCAGAUGAAUGGACAGGGUGUGAACGCCACAGGUGCUCCUCAGGAGUCGAAGGCCAGCAGGUUCCUCAGGCGGUCCUUCAUGGGCAGCUUCAAACGCAAGAAGAAGAAGCGCAAGAAGAAGCCCAUCCUGGAGGACUCAGACACGGACCCAGAGCAGUCCAAACCCAGCUCACGCAAACAGGAAGUGAAUUACGGCAGGAAGAGGAAAACUAUGAGGCUGUCUCGCCCGCUCUCUGACCUGGUCAAGUACACCAAGUCUGUCCGUGUCCACGACAUCGAAACACAAGCCUACAUGUGCAGCUGGCAGGUGUCCUCCCUGAACGAGAGCAUAACCAAUCAGAUCGUGCAGCUGAAGCCGGGGCAGCUGGUGCGGUUCAACCAGCGGCAGCUCCUGCGGGUGUACCCCUCCAACUACAGGGUCGACUCCAGCAACUUCAACCCACAGCCAUACUGGAACACCGGCUGCCACAUGGUGGCUCUGAAUUACCAGACUGAGGACCGUAGUCUGCAGCUGAACAGAGCCAAGUUUGCUGCCAACGGCAACUGUGGAUACAUCCUGAAACCCAAGUGCAUGUGUAAAGGUGCCUUCAACCCUUUGGUGGAGGAUCCGUUGCCGGGACGCAAGAAGAAGCAACUGAUGCUGAAGAUCAUCAGUGGACAGCAGCUCCCUAAACCCAAAGACUCUAUGCUGGGAGACAGGGGAGAGAUCAUAGAUCCAUUUGUUGAGGUGGAGAUCAUCGGCCUUCCAGUAGACUGCCAGAAGGCUCAGACUCGGGUGGUGGAUGACAACGGUUUCAACCCCAUGUGGGAGGAGACUCUGCUGUUCACUCUCACCAUGCCUCUGAUCGCCCUGGUGCGCUUCGCCGUCUGGGACCACGACCCCAUUGGCCAAAACUUCAUCGGUCAGAGGACCAUAGCCUUCAACAGCAUGCUACCAGGUUAUCGGCACGUGUAUCUGGAAGGCGUGGAGGAGGCCUCCAUCUUUGUUCAUAUUGCAGUUUCUGACAUUAGUUGCAAGACCAAAAGCAAUGCCAUGAAGAAGCUGCUGCAGAAAGCCUCUAAUGCCCCUGGGAAGGGCAUGGCCAAGGGCAAGAAGGUUUCGUCGGAGUGGUCCCUUACUAAGCCCUACUCAGACGACGAUGUGACCUCGCUGGGCAGCCGGGGGCCCCCCCUCACCCGUGGGCCACAGAGCGAGCCCCCACGGCGGGCACAGAGGGUCUACUUCCAGGACCCGAUUGAGAGGCUCAGGGGGCCCCGGAGCCGCAUGUCUUCUGAGGCCAGUUCCACCGACGUCACCUACGGCUACAUCAACUGGGCCAGCGAGGACUCCAAGGACACGCUCGAUCCGGAGGUCCAGACGCCGCCCGUCCGGGGCCGCUGGCCGAUCAGCAAGCAGGAGAGCACGUCGUCAGAACGCUCAGAGGGUUCUCCUCAGGUCAUAGUGGAAAGUUCCGUUUUAGAGCUGAAAGAACCUCCACCGAAACCCAGCCGGGACCCUGCACUCUUACAGUCAUCAGAGCCGCAGACAGACAUCAAACUGGAGGGCAUGGUACCCCUCAUACCCUCAUACAGACAGUACAAGCGGACCCUCUUGGUUCCUCAUAUACUAGAACCUCCCCCAAGGUUCAGACGGCAGUUGGCAGUAUCAGAUCAAAUGGAUCAGACAUCACAAGCCAAUCCAGAAAAUACAAUUUCAGAGCCUUCUCAACCCAAUCUAGAGACCAGAGUUGUAAAGCUUUUCGACCAGCCAUCAGAAUCCAAGACAGAGAUCAGACCUUUACAGCCAAUAGAUGAGCUAUCAGAACUCAAUCCAGAAACUAGAACUCUAGAACCGGCAGGCCAACCAGAAGCCAGACAUUUACAAUCAAUAGACGAGCUAUCAGAACUCAAACCAGAAACCAGAGCUUUAGAAACUGGAGACCAAUGUCCAGAGAUAAGAGCCUUAGAUCCUGGAGACCAACCCCCAGAAACCAGAGCUUUAGAAACUGUAGACCAACCCCCAGAAACCAGAGCUUUAGAAACUGUAGGCCAGCCAUCAGCACCAGAACCAGAGACCAGAGCUUUAGAAACUGUAGACCAGCUACUAGAACCCAAAGCUGUAGAACAAAUAGACCAAAAGCCACCAAAGCCAAAUCCAGAGGCCAGAACCUUAGAACUACUAGAACCUGAGGCAGUACCUGCAGAGCCUAAAGACCACCAGCCACCUGAAACCAGUCAGGACCGGAUGCUGGGCCCUCUGGGUCUGGCCCGGGAGAACCAGUCGAGCAGGGAGGAGCCGGCAGUUCUCGCCCCGCCUCUAGAACUCAAACCGGCUGUGGUUCCUGUGGCCCCUCUGAGGCAGGUAUCCUACAGUGACCAGAGCACGCAGACAGACCCCAUCCACACUCCUGCUGUGGAGCUCUAUAACUCCCCUGAGCUCCUGCUCCGGAACCGUCUCCACCUCCCCCCCAUCCCGGCUAGCCCCGUCCCCGUCAGGAAAAACCCCCCUGUGGGUCUCCACCCCACCUCCAACCCCCCCUUCAUGCGUUCCAAGAGUGUUCCCCGGCAACCGGCCCAAACACCCAGCGCCCCCCGCCGUCCCUCUCGGCCCACGCUGGAGUGGCAGUACUCCCUCCCCGAGCAGCGAGGCAGCUCCCGCUCCCCGGGCACGCCUGGCUCCGGCCUCAACAGCGCCGCCCUGGUGGUGGGCGAUGACUCCAGCAGCGGGAGCAGCCUGGACAGCCUGGAGCUGAGCAGUCUGCCCUCCAGGGUGCCCGCAGGGCAGCAGCGUGAGGUGGGCACACUGCAGAGAGAGAUGAACGCCCUCUUCGAGGAGAAGAUGAGGGAGAUCCGCUGCAAAUCUCCUGUGUUCUUCCGGGACGACGCCGAUGAAUAGAAACAGCAGGAGAUUAAGAGCACACGUCCUUUAGGAGAGUCCAGUGGUGGAAACAGACAUGAAAAAACAGUAUGGAGUGGCUCCAGGUGCAGUGUGGAGUGGGUCCAGGUGCAUUACAGGUGGAUUCACUGAGGACCUUUUGAGCCAAGAACCACGAUCCACCUGUACUAAUACCCCUCCCCAGGGUAAAUACCCCCUCUGCCCCAGAUCCCCCACUCCCCAGGACCGCCUCAUGCCCCUUGGGGUAAAUCUCUCAGCCUUACCCCUCCUGGUCGUACUCUAUGACAGACUCUCUCCCUGUGAAGAAGGAAGUCUCCCCGACACAAGGACCACAUUGGAAUACAAAUCUGUGCAUCUUAUGAAUGUGUAUCUCACACACUACUUUCACAGUCAAUGACAAACUGCGGUUUCAUUCACCAUGAAUCAUGUGAAUUGUUUGUGUUGACACCAUGAUUCAUGUGAAUUGUUUGUGUUGACACCAUGAUUCAUGUGAAUUGUUUGUGUUGACACCAUGAUUCAUGUGAAUUGUUUGUGUUGACACCAUGAUUCAUGUGAAUUGUUUGUGUUGACACCAUGAUUCAUGUGAAUUGUUUAUGUUGACAACAUGAUUCAUGUGAAUUGUUUGGGUUGACACCAUGAUUCAUGUGAAUUGUUUGUGUUGACACCAUGAUUCAUGUGAAUUGUUUGUGUUGACACCAUGAUUCAUGUGAAUUGUUUGUGUUGACUCCAUGAUUCAUCUAAAUCGUAUGUGACCACCUCAUGUGAUGUUUUAGGCUUUUUGCAUCUGAGUGUGGGGUAUGGAAGUGACCAUAGUUCAAUCAUAGCAACACAGUUAUUAGUAAUAGUCUAUUUUUAUUGAUUAACUGCUACAACUCUCAUCAGCAGUGGAUGAAUGGGAGGUUUUUCUAAGGAAAUUCUACACAGAAUCCAACAGCAUUUUCAGAUUGUGUGUGUGUGUGUGUGUGUGUGUGAUUUUCAUGUAGUGUGUGUGUGAUUUUCAUGUAGUGUGAUUUUUAAGGAGUACACUGCAGACAUGCCAACUGUACAGAAAUGCAAGUAAAGAAUUUCUCCAGC